AUGGGACCCCACUCGUCGGGGGGUUUCCGCUGGCUGACCCUUCUGGCCCUGGUCGUGGUCACGCUGCCAGCGGAGGUGUUGCCCGCCUCGCGCAAGAAGUCUUCCUCGUCCAAGAAGACCACCUACUACUACUAUCAACCGGCCGAGUACCGCGGUCACUGGUACCACCAAUGGCCGGACACCCUGACCAGGCGCUCGUUCGGUUCAUGGGAGGACACGUAUGAUGAGUGGCUACCAUGGAAGGGUGUCAACGUGAAGACGCUUCUAGCGCACAAGCACCAUCACCUCCAUCACGGCCACGGCCACGCCCGCUCGGGAUGUGGUCUCGAAGCGGUCCUGGUGGGAAUACUGCUCAUUGUGCCGUUGAUGGUGCUCAUAGGUCUAAUGCUUCCCAUCGUGCUCAUCAUCAUCUCAGUGAUGGUGGGCGCCCCGCUGUUGGUUCCAGCCGUGCCACCCGCCCUGCUUCCCCCCCUCACCACAGAGGCUUCACAGGGCCGACGCCGACGCCAGGUAUUCGGGGAGCCCCUAGAGGACGUGCUCGUCACCACACUCGAGAAGCUGCUAGUCGCUGUGGCCAAAUACGGCGAUCUGUGACGCACCGU